UCGUGCAACACACAGCAGCAAACCGCACAUACGUUGACUUUGUCUACUUGCGUUGACUCCCGUCUUAUAGCCACAAAGAAUCCCAUAAUCUUGCUCCUAUAAAAAACCGUCGUUUCCCCUUUUCAAGCAAGUAUCCAUUAUUUCUUCCGAUUUACCUCUUAUAGUAUCUCUCGAUAGAGAAUAUUCCAAGCAGAGAAAACACUGAAAUCAUGUUACCAAGAAGCCGCACACUCCCUGCAAGAAUCUACAACGGCGUUGUCGAAGAAAGGCAAGACGUAAGGCAUUACCUUCAAGUAGAAACCCAACCCAAACCGCAAGAAACGGAGAGCAGAGCAAUAAACCUUCAAGAGAACUACUCCAAAUGCUUCGACGAUGACGGACGCCUUAAAAGAACAGGGACUUUGUGGACUGCGACAUCGCAUAUUAUCACAGCUGUGAUCGGGUCCGGUGUGCUGUCUUUGGCAUGGGCCGUUGGGCAACUGGGCUGGGUUGCGGGUCCCAUUGUAAUGAUUCUCUUCGCUUUCGUUAAUCUCUACACUUCGGAUCUUCUAUCCAAGUGUUACAGAUCCGGCGACCCCGUCGUUGGACAGAGGAAUUACACGUAUAUGGAUGCUGUCAAAGCUAAUCUAGGUGGGGUGAAGGUUAAGAUUUGUGGGCUGAUUCAGUACAUCAAUCUCUUCGGCGUGGCUAUUGGCUACACAAUCGCUGCCUCAGUCAGCAUGCUAGCGAUAAAAAGAUCGAAUUGUUUCCACAAGACACACAAGAAGAGCAGAUGCCACAUGUCGAGCAACGGGUACAUGAUAACAUUCGGAAUCAUAGAAAUAUUAUUCUCGCAAAUACCAGAUUUCGACCAAGUAUGGUGGCUAUCCAUAGUUGCAGCAAUUAUGUCAUUCACGUACUCUACUAUAGGUCUCGCUCUCGGUAUUGUCCAAGUUGCAGAAAAUAAAAGCAUAAAGGGAAGCCUUACUGGAAUAACCAUCGGGACGAUAACGCAUGCCGGAACGGUUACACCUACUCAGAAAAUGUGGAGAAGCUUACAAGCUCUAGGAGCAAUCGCCUUUGCGUAUUCUUACUCGAUAAUACUCAUCGAAAUCCAGGAUACAAUAAAAUCUCCACCUGCGGAACAUAAAACGAUGAAGAAAGCAACUUCAAUUAGCAUUGCAGUCACAACGAUAUUCUACCUUCUAUGUGGAUGCAUGGGCUAUGCUGCUUUUGGAGACCAAGCACCUGGAAAUCUUCUUACAGGGUUCGGAUUUUUCGAUCCAUAUUGGCUACUCGAUAUAGCCAAUGUCAGUAUCGUCGUACAUCUCGUCGGUGCCUACCAGGUGUAUUGCCAGCCACUGUUUGCAUUUGUUGAAAAAUGGAGCGCAGCGAAAUGGAGCAGAAGCAAUUUCGUGACAGCAGAAUACGAUAUACCUGUCCCGUUUUUUGGUGUUUACCAGCUUAACUUUUUCCGUGUUGUGUGGAGAACGUGCUUUGUUGUACUGACAACUCUCAUAGCUAUGCUUAUGCCGUUUUUCAACGAUGUGGUCGGAAUUCUUGGUGCAUUAGGGUUUUGGCCGCUUACCGUGUAUUUUCCGGUGGAGAUGUACAUAGCCAAAAACAAGAUCGGAAAAUGGACGAGUCGUUGGAUUGGUCUUCAAAUGCUUAGUAUGGCUUGUCUUCUUGUUUCGGUGGCGGCAGCUGUCGGCUCUGUGGCGGGCGUGGUUCUUGAUCUUCAGACCUAUAAACCCUUCAAGACCAGCUAUUGAGGCAAACACAAAACCGAAUAAAUUCUAUGUUUUUUCAAUUUCCAAUUGCGCAACGAUGCUCGAAUCAUAUUGUAUUACUACAACAUCGGAAUCAAAACGAAAUCGAACUGCUUGAAUAAAUAAAA